UGCGCAAAGGCCCCCAGUUCGGAUACCGCUGAUAGUGUGUUUUCAAGAUGGCAGAUGGGAUUUGUACGGGGGUCGUGGUGGGUGAUUUUAUCGAAAAAAUACCCAACAAAGACUGUGAGAUUGUUGAUAGAUGUCAGAAACGCGUUACGAUGGACAAGGAACCGCCAGAGAGUGUGAACCAGUUCUAUUUAGUUGAUAAAAGUGAUAAAUUGUAUGAUAAAUUGUGUUCAAACAAUGCAUUGAAGCUGGAGGACGAGCUAAUGCCUUGCGAAGAAGAAUGCAGGAGGAAGAGAUGCGUCGAUCGGUAUGACAGUUCGGAAUCUUCAGAUAGCGGUGUUGCCGCCCUCAGCUGUACGGACUGUAGCGGCAGCAGCACAGCGUCCAGUGAUAUCACAGACCCCGGUUCGCCGUUCAGCACCACCUCGAACCAUUCCGAGGAUUCAGUGUCGCAAUCAGCCAAGAUGCCCCCCACACAAAAUACCCAUCACUCUCCAUGGUCCUGGAACGCGGAGGACCAGCCACUUCUCAGACAGAACCUGGAGGACAGAGCUAGGAACGUCAACGAGAACCCAGAACUGCCGAGGAAAACCAAUAUGUGUUCGAAACCGAAAACCAGUAAGCUGCCGAAGAAACAACAACAGGAGGUUAACAAGAUGCACCAAGGUAAAAUAACGGAGUACUUCAAGACGCACGUCAAACCAGUGAAUGGGUUCAAGAAGGGCGUAGUUGUGCGUACUACGAAGACCAACAAAUCAGUACCUUUGGUCGAUCAGCAAACGCAAUUCAACAGUCUGAAAGUACAGCGCAAGUGCACCGCCAAGAGUGCUUCGAACAAGAAGCAGCCUGCUACGUCCAAACCUAAGAAGUUCGUUCCCGUUACCGUACCUAGAAAAAUCCUGCCAGCCCCUGCCAAAUCGGAAACGAUAACGAUCAGGAACAAUGUGAAUAAUAUAAUCAACUUUCCGUUAGCCUUAUCGACCGUCAACUUCACUCCUAAUUUGACGUAUCUUCACACUAAAGUGCCGAAACCGCCCGAUACCAUUUUCGCUCCGCAGUACGCAUCCAUAACCGAUAAAAUCAACGCGAUCCCCAGCGCGAUCCCUAUAAUAAAUCGAACUCCCUGUCUGAACGUCAUACAGCCGAAAAUCACGACGAUCAACAAUUUCAACUGUGUCAAAUUAAACGCAACGGUAGUGCCUAUCGUCAAAGUGAACAACUUGCCUUCGAAACAGCUCAAGAUAGCCGAGUGUCAACCUGUCAACGUCGUAAACCACUGCCUUUCGAGCAUCGGCGCCCUGACGGGCGUCAACCAGUGUCUUGGAGUCAGCGAAUGCGCUCCGGAGAUGCUCGAUACUCCUAUGGACGUCGGCGGCGACAGGUGUCAACUGGUCGUCGCGAAUGACGCUCCUGCCGAGUGUCAGAAUGUGGUCGACGAGUGUCAUGGUCGAGUUACCGAGUUCCGCGAGUGCCGAGUGGAAGAUUCUCAGGGAAGCGAUUUCGGCUGUAGUUCUUCGAAUAGUGAUAGGACCUCUUCGCCAAGCACGUGCACCAGUAGCAGUUCGGAUGAUACGUGUAACGAUAGUGGUAUUUCUAGUGAAGUGUGUAGUGAUAGGAGUAGUGUUGAGACUGUCUCAUCGGACAGUGGCGUGUCGGUCGUCGACAAUCUCGAGAUAAAAGUUAACGUACCUGUGACCGUUGAAUGUCAGAAGUCGCCGAUUCUGUCCAAGCCCAAGACGAUUAGGUUUCCGUUCAAACAGCAAGAGAUCGAACGGAGGGACAGUCAGAAGUCGCUGUCUAGCGGCGAUUCUGGUAGAUGUCGUUGGGCCGAAUGCACCGCACAAUUCGACACCAGUGGGGCCUUAUUAGAACAUCUGCAGCACAAACAUGUGAUAUCCCAAGCCACCCGCGACGAGUACACUUGCUUCUGGUCGGGCUGCAAGGUGCACGGUCGCACCUCCUGCUCUCGAUCGUGGCUGGAGCGGCAUGUACUGGCUCAUGCAGGGACCAAACUGUUCAGGUGCAUCGUGGACGGUUGCAGGCAGAGGUUCAACUCUCAGUUGACAUUGCAAAGGCACGUGAAUGGUCAUUUCAACGCAGAUGGCAAGCCAACUGACCCUACCAAAAAAACACCUGAGAAUUCAAGUACAAAACUGUUCAAGAGAAAUGGAAAGAAAAUUCGUUUUCGGAGACAGCCUUGGUCAGCAAGGAUGUUUGAUUUCAUUGAUUGUGGUAUAAUGGAAGGAGUGCAACACAAGUUGAUGUCUAUAACACAGAAAAGGACAGGUGGAGACAUUAGCACACCGGGAGAUGAAAUUAGGUUACAAAGUGAGGUGUUGGCGAAAAGAAUAGGAAAUGAUGGUACUGCCAACUUUCUGAUUCGAUGGCACCCUCAAAAUAUAGUUUCAGACGAGUGGGUUACGGAGAAAGACUUCAAAACCAUGAGAACAGUGCCGAUUCCUUCUCUAGAUGCCUCUGCCAAAGAUGCUUUAAUACCAAUCUUAGGCCUGGGUCCUGACCGCAUCAGGAAACAUCGCAGAAAACCUUUGAAAUGGCAAACGUGAUAAUAAUUUAAUUUUCCUCUAUAUUAGGUCCUAUGAAAUCUUAGUUUUUAAUUUAUAUCAAAUUUUAAUGAGCGUGGUAAGUUUUACAUAGAUCAUCCGUUUUUAUAUGACUUAUAGAAUAUUUUGCAGCGUUUUUUUUUUGCUGCAUAAUUCUACAAUCAUUCAUUAAACAAAAAUGCGGUGGUCAUGCUGACAAAUGGUCUUAUCAAGCAUGACAAUUUUAAACUAGUUUUAAAAAUCAAGAUCUCUAAAGAAAGGUUCAAUUGUAUAUUAGCAAAAAGAGUUGUAAUAAAUCGUGAUGUCUUUCAGUGUGUAUAAUAGGAUGUUUAUAGUGUGUAUAAGUCUAGGUCAUCAGAUAAGUAUAGUUUAAAAUGUAAGGCACUCCAUUUUCAACAUUUUCAAAAAAAGUUCUGGAGUAUUUAAUUAAAUAGAAUAGAAUAGUAUUUAUAUGUGGGAGCCACACAAUAUUGUUAUGAAAAGAAUGAAGUAUAAUAUUUUCUUGUUUAUGUUGAAAAUGGAACUCAAAGUAUAGAGCUCGGAAGGGAUUUGGUCCGGAAGCAGCCAGCUUAUAUCACUGCCAUUAUUCUGGUUAUGUAGUUCAGAAACCUUCCUAACCUAUAAGAGUGAAUUAUUUGUAGCGUUCAAUGAAUUUGUUGUAUAUAUUUUGUGUGUUUUGAUAAUAUACAGCAAACGUAAUUUUUUUGAAUAACUAAUGGAUACAACACCAUUGCAUAAUAUAAUUCGUUAUAUGAUUAUGGUUAAUUUAAUUUUUAUAAAUAUUUAUUUCCAUUUCUUUCAUUGUUUUUAAUUUAUUGACUAAUCAUCUUUCAGAUUUUCGUGCUCUCAAUAACAUAUCAUGAAUAAAAUAAAUAAAUAGCAAAGAAAAUGAAAGUUUAGAUAAUAUAACUUGAUUUCCUUGAAGAAAAUUUCUAUUUAAAAUUAAAAAAUCAUUAAUUAGAAAUUUAUCCUUUACCCACUUAUUUUUCCAACCACUGGUUUUCAAAACUAAAUUUUUUUUUUGUCCAUUUAUUCAAAUAAUGUACAUAUAUAAAAAAUUUGACUCAACUACAUAAGUGCUUUUCAUUAUAUAGGGAAAGCAGACAAAAUUGUAAAAUUGAGAUGAAAAUAAUAUCAAUAACAAACAACAUAAAUAUUUCUGAAAUAAAUAUACGAUUGCUUUCAAUUAAAUAUUCAUAGAACAAGAACUGAUACACCCAUUGAUUUAAGUUUGAAUUAUGUGGCAGGAAACUAAAAAUGAAUCAAAUUAGUUACCAUUUAUGAAACAAAUGAAUUAUCGAAAAUAAAAUUACGAAGACAAUUAAUGAAUCGAAUAAAUAAAACAACUUUCUAUUGGUAAACAUAACUGACAAUUGACACUACAAAACGCUAAAGGGCCCCACUCACACAGAGGAAAGAAUGCAGGUUUGAUUGUACACUCUUUCGUUAAAUUGAACUUCUGUUAUUCCCCAUACACCCAAUGGACGUCAUAGUAAGAUGACAUAAAAAAUUUAAUGUUGAUGACAAUAGGCACUUCUCCAAUAAAAUACCUGAGCAUGCACCGACUUGGUGACUCUCUCCUGCGAAGUAAUAAAUUACACAUGCAAAAAUUCAUCAUCAAAUUUAAAUUAUUCUGUAACAUUUUUACUACAAAGUUUUGAACACAAAUAUAUAAAGCAUGGUAUUUCAUUUCAAAUCUGAAGAAUUUCUAAAAAAAUUUUAAAAUAUUAUCUUACCUGAAUUUUCCAUUUGCUCCACUCUAGUCUAGAUUUUCAUUUCUCGUCUAGUUUAAUUUAGUUAGAUUUAACAAUAUAAGUAAUGGAAUUUCCAUUCUUAUGGUAUGGUGUUGUACUCAUUGACUUGUUUAUAAGUAUUUCGAUUUUAAUUAAUUUAUAAUAAGUUCUAGAUAGGCAAUUUUACAUUCCUUUUAUAAUUCAAGUCUUGGAAUAAUUGGACAUAAUUAUUCUUAUUAACUUCAUUUAUAUAUUACUUUUUUGAAACUUCUAUUUUUACUUUCAUGAUGGAAUCAAAAAUUCACUGCCAGUGUAAACUGCCGAACAUAUUUAAUACAUGAAAGGUUUGCCAUGACAUCUUUUGAUAGAAUUUUGAGAAUAUUCAGUUGAUCGCUUAAGUGCCAUGAAAAUUUCCGUUUUUUAUGAAAAUAGGUUUCUGGAGUUUACCAGAGUGUGUUCUCUAAUUUCGACUGAUCUUUGUGAAUAUUCAGAUGAACUUGAUCUCAAAAAUUUUUGUUAAUAAGAUGCUACAUACACUGGGAUUGAGAUUUUUUCAACUCUUCAUUCUUCUCAAUUUCUCAUUUCAUAAUUUUGGAAAAUUGUAUAGGUUUUUGAAAAUUAUAGAUAGUAAAACUGUCUUCAAAAUUGUGGGAUUAAAAUAUCCUAAGAUCUAUUUAGAGUCGGAACAAAUUUCUUGAGUUUGAUGUAAAUUUGAGAAAUGUAUAUACAGUAUUUUUCAUAAUAAUUGUUGGGAGCAUAGCUAUUAAAUUUUUUUAAUAGUUUCAUAUUAGUCGUCAGCUUUUGUAAAAUACAGAGGUACUUGAAAGGCAAUAUGUUAGGCAAAAUUCUAUGUCUAUUGUAUGUAAAAUAUAAAAAUAAAAUCAUUGAAUUUACUUAGUAGAAAAUAACAGAACGGCAUUGUAUAUUAUGCUCUUAAUACUAUCAGAUUAUUACACAAAGAUCCAGAGCACAAAUAUUUUUAUCAUUCAAUUUUUCUAUUGAUUGUAUAAAUGUAAUACCAAAGUCCUACUCAGAAUGUCAAAUUUUAGUCUCAAGAUUUUUAUGACAAUUUAUGUAGAAGAAUCUAAAGUGCCUUAAAAUUUGACCUUUUGUAUAGACCAAGGACUCGAAAACAUGUUUAGGUACUGUCCUCACUGAAGGGUUAUAUGUCAAAAUAUCAUUUUAUAUGUUUUUAUUGUCAAUAUGCUUCCCAUUUCAAAAGUUAGAGGUAAAGUAACUAUUUGUAGUGAUUCAAUAAAAUACAUUGUGGUUCACUUUUCAGUACCAGAGAUAAACUAGAAACUUUUGAAUGUUCAGUUUUCUCAUCCUCACACAAAUCUUAUCAAUUCCAAUUAAUGUGGUGUAAUAGUUCACAUGAAGCAAAGGAAUUGCUACAGUAUUUAUCUCAAAAUUCUUGUUGAGUUCUGAAAUUUGAAAAAGAUGUCUAAUUGGAUAAAAAACAUAUAUUGUUGAUAUAUUUUGGUUCUGCAAUAUCCUCAAGGAAUAUUUCCUAGACAAAGCAAUAAUUAAAAAUUCAAUCUACCUCUAUUGAAAUAAAACAACUCAAGUUGCCUUGCUCAAAGCACAAUUUAACAAGUACAACUUCAAAGUAGGAUGGGAUAUUGCAGAAAUAAUUUUUGAACUUGAAUUUGAGGAAGCUGAAUAUGUUUGUUCAUAAUAGAUAUUAGUAGGUUAAUUUUGAGAAGGAUUAAAAAAGUUAACGAAAUGGAGCCUGCUCGGUAUUUGGCAGAAACUUAAUAUGAACUGAAAAAUUGUCUUAGUAGCAAUGUAGCAUCCAACAUUACCAAAAUAAUUCAAUUUCAAAUUGAAACUGGCUGUACUUAAGUUAAAUUUACACUAUCAAAUGUGUUCUAACAUUUCAUUUACUCGUAAAUUUCAUCAUUCUGCUCAUAAUUUUUUUUCUAAUUAAUAGACUGAGAAUUGUAUUUACAAUUAAUUUAUUUGUGAAUUGACUGAUUUAUUGAGUUUAUCAAUUAUGAAAUGUAAUGCUUUGACAAGAAUAUAUUUGUGUAUACAUUUAAAACAAAGAAACUGGUUGUAGAAAUGACAUGUCUGAAAUGAGGCUUAAAAUUCAGAAUAUUUUGGAAUUUGUCCAUCAAUAUUAGUGACCUAAUCAUAGCCUUCAUUUUAGGGUAUUUUAUACAUUCAGAUUGUAAAUAAACAAAGUUCAGCAUAAUCAAACAAAUUGAAAUUGUCAUUUUUUCAAUUGGUGCAUCUUUGUAAAUAUUUAAACAAACCUUACAGUUGCUGUAAUAUACUUAUUAGUUAUUUUAGUUUGUAUCACAAUAUAAUGAAUAUAUCUGUAUUCCAGACAGAAAUAAAGAGAAAAAUAGUAAA